AUGACAAAUCAAUUAACAAGACCAUGUACUUUGGAAUUGGAAGAUAAUAAACAACCAAAUUUUCGUGCAUUGUAUCCGAUUGCUGGCGAAGCAGUGAGUGAAAGUGAAUCAGAAAAAACAGAAGAAUAUCAACUAGAUAAAUCAACAUCAUCAUUGGAUAUUAUUGAUUUUAUACUUGUCUAUGAAGAAUCAAUUAAUCCGGAUAAUUCGACACAACUGGAACGUGCACAAAGAGAAUUACGUCGAAUAUACGAAAAUAAUUUAAAAAUAUUAAAAUUAAUAUUAAAUUAUCGUCGAAUACCGUUGAAAUAUAAUCGUCAACGAGUAUUCGUGUUAAUCACUACACCAUUUGAUUCUCUAUUAGAAAUGGGUGAAAAAUCACGUUUAUAUUUACCCAUUGAUCGUAUUAAUUCAUUUUUAAGACAUUUAAUUAAUUAUCCACCAUUAACCUUUGGUAUACCAAAAUUUUUUCUACCAGAUCCAAUUGUAUUCAAUGAAAAUAACAAACGAUCUUUGUAUAUUUUUCAUCCAUAUUCAAAAAAUGUACAUCAGAAAUUUGCUAAACAUUUUGAUAGUUAUAAUUCAAAAGACGGUCUAUUUACAUUAGCUCAACGAACAAGAUUAACAUAUGAAAUAUUAAUUCGUAUACCUACCAUUGUUAAAGUAACACGUCGAACUACACAAACUGAUAUUGAUGCUGAAAAUUUAGUACAAUUAAAAGAGAAUACAAAUAAUUUAAACGAACAAGAUAUUGACGAUAAUAGUAGUAUGUCAAUUGAUGAGAUCAUACAAAUAAUACAAACAUUCAUCAAACAAUCAAGUAAAAAAUCAUUUCAACUUUCGCAAAAUAAUACGAAUGGUAUUCAUUUUCUAAUUAAAAUAGGCGUGUAUUUAACAGCCUAUAGUGCUCAUGAACAUUUUCGUCCGAGUCUUCGUCAAUCAACUCAAGAACAAAAAAGUAUUGCCUCAUUUAGUACAAGAUUAGAAUCUGAAACUAAUGAUUUUAAUACUCGUGAACUUCUUUAUUUGCAUUGGGCUCAAAUAAAACAUAUUUUCAAAUUACAACCUUUAGAUUUAAUACGAGCCUAUUUUGGUGAAAAUGUUGCACUAUAUUUUUGUUAUUUAGGCUGGUAUACAUCAAUGUUAUCAUUACCAGCAUUGAUUGGAUGUUUUGUUCUUGGUUAUAGUAUUAUAAAUACCUUCUUUGAUGUACCAACACAGGAAAUUUGUAGAGGUAAUAUUACUGACUAUCUUUGCCCACAACAAACACGAUCUGAAUUUAUACAAAUACAAGAGAUGUGUUCGACGAAACGUUUUGCAACAAUAUUUGAUAAUUAUGCUACACAAAUGUUUGGUGUUUUUAUGAUGAUGUGGGUAUUAUGUUUAAGAAAAUUUUGGCAACGAUAUUUAGCAAAAUUUCAAUAUCAAUGGUGUGCAUAUGAAGAUGAAAGACGACAUGAAAUACCACGUUCAGCAUUUUUACUGCAAAGUACAGCAACUCGAUUAAAUCCAUCAAAUGGCAUUAGCGAAGCCUAUAUUCCAAAAAUGACACUGUAUUUUUGUCGUUCAUUAUCUAUUUUAGUUACAUUUACAUUUAUUUGUUUGGCUUGUAUAAAUAUCGUGAUAUUGAUGUAUUUGAGAUUAAAAUUAUUUGAUUCAUUUUUAAAAUUAAAUUUAAAAUGGUUAAAUAAAUAUUUAUUCAUUAUUGUUAGUAUAAUAACAUCGUCGAUUAGUUUAAUAAUUAGUAUUAUAUUAGAUUUUGUUUAUGAUAUUGUGGCAACAUAUAUGACAGAAGUUGAACGGCAUCGUUUACAAACACACUAUGAUGCAUCAUUAACAUUAAAAUUGUUUAUAUUUGCAUUUAUCAAUUAUUAUGGUACUAUAAUAUAUACAGCCUUUUUUAAACCAUUGAUUAGUAAUUAUCCUGGUCCUGGAACGGACACUAAUCUAGUAUUUACUGAACAACUUGAAACAUGUGGUGAAUUGACCGGAUGUGCUUAUGAAGUAACAAUUAGUUUGCUAAUUACUUUGAUCGGUAAACAACUAGCUAAUACGAUUGUUGAAUAUUUUGAUACAAAAAUCACAAAUAUACUUGUUUAUUUUCGUUAUCAUAAAAAUGAAUUAAGUAAAAAUGAAUUUGAACUACGAACACCAUCAUCAAUCGAAAAUGAUAAUGAAAAUUUAAUUAAUGAUGAUCAUUCUCAUCAUAUUAAUUUAUUUAAAACAGAUAAAUUGAAUGAACAUCGAGAAUGGGAAACAGAUAUCUAUUUGCAACAUUUCGGACGUAAUCAGUUGUAUAAUGAGUACAUUGAGAUAAUGAUUCAAUAUGGAUUUAUUGCUAUGUUUUCAUGUGCACUACCAGUAGCUCCAUUGUUAGCAAUGGGUAGUAAUCUGUUCGAAAUACGAACAGAUGGAGCUAAAUUAUUAUUCGAUUUAAGACGACCAUAUGGUGAUUUAGCUACAGGAUUAGGAAUAUGGGAUGCUAUUUUUGAUGCUAUUAGUAAAAUAGCACUAUUAACAAAUAUACUGUAUUUAACAAUAACAUGUGAUUUAUUAACAAAAAUAAAAUAUAUAAAUACGAUUCAUAAACAAAAUUUAGAUGGUUAUAUAAAUUGGACAUUAUCUUCACUUGCUGUGAAUGAUAUUGAUUCUAUAUAUAAAAGUAUCAUUUAUCCAUAUCCCAAUUUAACAUAUUGUCGAUAUCGUGAUUUUCGUUAUUCACCAAAAGAUUCUAUUGCUGCAUGUUUAUCUUUAACUAAUGAAACUAGUCCAUACGAUAGAAGAACACUUUAUUAUGAAAUACGAUUAAUUCAAUUUAUAACAACAUUUUUUGCUAUUAUUGUUGUAUUUAUGAUCUAUUAUUUAAUGAAUUUAUUCAUAAAAGAUAAACCACGUCUAAUUCGAAAUGUUCAACAACGAGAAGAAUUAUUAGCCGAAUAUACAUUAUGGGCAGAUCAAUCAAAAAAUAAGACCAUCAAAAAUAUACAAAAAAUUCCAAGACUGUCUGAUUUAGGUUUAGAAUUUAUUGAUAAACGAAAGAUAUCCUAA